GCCCUAACUACUGUUGCACCAAACAGUCCCUUACUAAGCUCUUUCUUGACUUGAGAGUGGUUUGGUUCCAAGUCAGACCGUGAAGCUAACCGCAAGUCCAGAUCUCUCUCUCUCUCUCUCUCUCUCUCUCUCUCUCUCUAAGGUUUGGGUGUUGGAGAAAGAAGGGCGGGUUUGGCAUAGAAGAAGAAAGAUGGCUGCAGGACAGUCCAGGAAGAUAUCAGCAGCCUCAGCUAGGGCUCACACCAGAAGGUCGAAGCAGAGCAGUCCUCUUCAGCUCCCUUCAGGGAUGUUUAAGAAAAUAUUAGCGGUGUUCUUGAUGGGGAUUAUGGCAUGGGCUUAUCAAGCAAUACGUCCACCUCCACCAAAGAUAUGUGGCUCUGCGGAUGGCCCACCUGUUACAGCACCAAGGAUAACACUUAGUGAUGGUAGGCAUUUGGCCUACAAAGAGCAUGGUGUCCCAAAAGAUAAGGCCAAAUACAAAAUAGUAUUUGUCCAUGGCUUUGGGUCCUGCAGACAUGAUGCUGUAAUUGCCACAAAAUUGUCUCCGGAUGUUGUUGAAAGUCUGGGAGUCUACAUUGUGUCAUUCGACAGAUCAGGUUAUGGAGAGAGUGAUCCAAAUCCAAAACGAACAGUGAAGAGUUUGGCUUUGGAUAUAGAGGAGCUCGCUGAUCAGUUGGGACUAGGAUCCAAAUUCUAUGUUGUUGGUUUUUCCAUGGGUGGGCAGGUGAUUUGGACAUGCCUUAAGUACAUUCCUCACAGGCUUGCAGGUGCAGCACUUCUAACCCCAGUUGUUAACUAUUGGUGGCCUGGGUUUCCUCAAAAUUUAUCUAAAGAGGCCUAUGAUCAACAGUUACCUCGUGACCAAUGGACGCUUCGUGUUGCUCACUACACUCCAUGGCUUACCUAUUGGUGGAACACUCAGAAGUGGUUUCCCGCUUCUAGUGUUAUAGCUCACAGCCCUGCCAUUCUUUCUCGCCAAGACUUAGAACUCGUGGCCACACGACCUGAGAGAAAGGCAUAUGAGGCACAGAUAACACAGCAAGGAGAAUUUGAGUCCCUCCACCUCGACUUGAACAUCGGCUUUGGAACCUGGGAAUUUGAUCCCAUGGAGCUGGAGAACCCCUUUACAAACAACGAAGGGUCAGUCCAUCUAUGGCAAGGAGAUGAAGACAUCCUAGUGCCAACCAAGCUGCAGCGACACAUCGCCCAGCGGCUCCCAUGGAUUAGGUAUCAUGAAGUUCCAGGCGCCGGGCACAUGUUCCCAUUAGCCGAUGGAAUGGUUGAUGCCAUUGUGAAGGCACUUUUGGUUGGGGAGAACAGCCAGCCUCAGGCUUGAUGGACUCUCUUUAGGUCCUGCUUUUGCCGGUUUUCAGUUGUUCUAAGUCUUUUUCUGGUCCUCCUGCUCCUGGUCUAAAUUUUUUUUGGACCACUUGCUGGUUCUCUUAAAUUAGUAAGCCCCAUUUGGUACUGAGGAUUUAUGUAUAAGUAGAGUGAGUUUGAAACGUUCAUGGCUUUUGUUUUUCUUAACUUUGUUAUGCAAUUGUUUCAACCUUCAUGAUGCCACUGAUUAAGGGCAUGUUUGGAUUUUUUAUGGUCAUAAA